ACCAUUUGACCAUUUCAUGGCAGUGGCACGCAUUUGGGAUUUCGACUUUUCGUGACAGCAUGUCAUUUGCGACGUUUGAUUGAUAAUUUUCUUGGGAUCCAUCAAAUUAGUUUGUUUGAAAGUUAGUUUAGGCGCUAAAUGUUAAUAUUUUAUAAUUUUCACGUUGAAACAAUAUGUGAGUGAUCGAGCCCAUAUUUGGUGUACGCGCCCCGAGACUCCAUUAUGAGUGAUCAAAAAUGUGUAGUUGAAGGCUGCAAUUUGGAAUACGAUGUGGUCUGCAGCUUUUCCUUUUACAAUGUCAACACAUCAGCACAAAGCGAUGACAAGAGGCAGGACUGGAUCGAGGGUGCUAUGCAUGAGGAGAGCGAGUGCCUCUGGAGGCACGUCAGCCUUCAGCUGUGCGGGUAUCACUUCGAGCUGGACGCGCAGGGGCUGUGGAUCGACUCGCCGAUGCUGCCCGAGCUGCUGACCCCGCCCGCCAAGCAGAGCGCCGCCGUACAGCCCAGCGAGCAGGAUAAGAAACUGGCCGAAAUAAUCCGCACGGAGCAUAACUACAGCUGCGAGCCGGCCAAGGAUGCGAACGAGCCCGUCUCGCGUCUCAACGUGCGGCAACUGGUCGACACGCUGGGUUACUUGUCAUUGAAGAACCUGCAGAAGAAACAGCUGUGGGUGGUGAAGGUCGAGACGGACAAGGCAGAAGCUUCCAUCACCCAGUCGGAGCAGGUCAUCACCAAGAUGACUGACCCUAAGCAGAUCAUUGAGAUCGUGCCCCAGACAUCCACAGCCGAGCAGCUGGAGGGGGAGAACUCCAACGAAGUGCUGCACAUCAUGGAGGAUGGCAGCAUUGCUGACAACUUCAUCUACGAGAUAGCUGAGGAGCAAGAGAUCAGUAUGGACGAGGUCAAGGAGAUACCGGUCACAGAGAACAGAUCAUGGACAGUGAAUAUUAUACCCGAAGACCCAAAACCCAAGUAUGCAUACAUCAAGCAUUGCAACACCGGCAAGAAGAAACGACACUUCACUUCUGAGAUGAAUGCUAUCACCCUACAAGGUGACUUCGAGAACUACUACAUCCUACCCGACGUGGACCCCUCGGUGGGGGUCGAGAUCACCACCAGCUACGAGUCGGAGAACUUCAUAGUGGAGGAGUACCCCCACCUCGUGCUGCAGCAGCGGCCUCGCAAGCGUUCCCGCGAAUCGGACCCCGCCAAGCGGGGCCGUAAGAAGAAGAUUGGCUCGCCAUCCGUAAAAGUAAUAAAGGCGGAGGCCAAGACUGAGCUGGACUCGAGCGAGGACUGGCUCAUAGACAACAGCGUCUACGACCAAGACGCCUCCGACGACUACGACGACAAGAAGGCGGCGCGCGUUCGUCGGAAAAAUAAGAAAUAUCUAGGCUACGAUUUCGUUACUUAGUCGGGCUUUUAGUUUUUUUUUUUUUUAAUUUUGUUUCUUUUUUAGUCUUUAGUCUAUGGCCGAGGUUGGGUUGUAUGUGUCCUGCUUGAUGGAAAUAACUAAAUUUUAAAUAUUUUUGAAGAAAAACUUCUUUACGAAUAAUGUAAUUGGGCGAGGCGAAUAGACGGUGAGGUAAAGAGGUUUUACUUUAAUUGUGUAAAAAUCGACAGAACUCGAAAAUGGUUUUACUUUUUUUUAGUCUAUGACGUGGCCGAUUGGGUUGCCUGCGUCCUGUUUAAUAGAAAUGAUUAAUUAAUGCGACAGUUUUGAAAUAUUUUCUACGAAGAAACCAGCCGCUCAAAAAUGUUUUUUAGACUAUUGUCGAGGUUGGGUUGUAUGUGUCCUGCUUAAUGGAUUUAACUAUAUGCAAUAAUUUUUAAACAAAAAAAAACUAACCAACUUGAAAAUGUUUUUUAAAUCUUUGGUCCUCAUCCAUUUGAGGUUAGAUUGUCAAAAUCACACUAAUCAGAAGAAACUUAAUUCAAUUACGCUUUUAGUCCUUAGUCUAUGAUUGGGGUUAGCAUGGCAGUGUCCUGCUUAAUGGAAAUAAAAACUCAGGUUAUGUAUUUUCUUUUUGCAUUAUUUUUCCUUAAGGGAAAAGGCAAAGAUAUUACGCCAGACAGCCAGUUCAUAUAAUUAACAUAAUAUAUAGUCCAUCGUCUGUCAGUCAGUGUUGAGUCAAGUUAUGCAAUGAUUUAGUAAGGCAAAGGCAACGUUACUAAAACUUUUGAGUGUCUUAGGAGAAAAUCGAAUUAAUCUCUCUUAACUUUUUAAAUCUUCACUUCACUUUUUAAAUCUUCACUUCACUUGUUCACGACUUUGUUAUGAAACUCUUAAUGCAGCAAAUCAAUGAAAAUAAAACUAUCGGGUUUUGGUAAAUUAUUUAUUUAUAUUUAAAUUACCGGCAAAGACGUACCGCCAAGCGAUUUAGCGUUCCGGUACGAUGCCGUGUAGAAACCGAAAGGGGUGUGGAUUUUCAUCCUCCUCCUAACAAGUUAGCCCGCUUCCAUCUUAGACUGCAUCAUCACUUACCAUCAGGUGAGAUUGUAGUCAAGGGCUAACUUGUAAAGAAUAAAAAAAAAAAAAAAAAAACGUUAACGUUAGUGAAGUGAAGUGACACAUCCACUGAAUGUCUACUUUGUGUGAAACAUUACAGCGGAAUAAAUUAUCGACAUAUCUCAAAACUCAUUGUCAACCAAUAACAGCUGACUCCAAAUAUCGCUCUCUUUCGCUCCAACACAACGAAAGAGAGAGAUCGAAUGGAUUCGUUCGCUAUUGGUUAACAUUUACCUAUCUCAAGUCUCAAGAUAUACCAUGGUGCGAAUUUACAGUGGAAUUCAUAAACGUUGCAGGGCUACCCCCAGGGGACCAUUCUUCCGCUGAGUGUCGAAUUCUCAAACAUAUAAAGUUCAAAUUUGAUACUCAGCGGGUGAACUAUCCCCUGGGGACGCCCCCACAACGAGCCUCGAAUAUCUCUAACAUCAUACUAUAGAUAGAGAAAGACUGAUCCGAAACUCACACAAUCGAGUUAUAAAACGUUACAGAAUAGUGCUAUUACUGUGUUUUUGAAGUGAUAACUUAUUGCGGUAGGGUAAUACGAUUCGUUACGUAACGCGUUACGGCGCCAAUUUGUCUGAUUUCGGUAGUAGUUCGACAGUAUGUUUAAGUUAUCACUUCUGUCAAACGUCCAGAGACUUUUCUUUUUAAAUAUUUAGACAAUAAACAUUGGCUUGGCAUUUCCAAGACUGUAUUUAAAUAUUUAUAUAUUUUCAUUAAGGAGGAUGCAAAGGUAAAGACAGUCAUGACUACACCUUUCGGAUUGUAUGCUCGUGAAAGUGACACUAUUGGAUUGAGAAACUGAAAGUGAGACAUCAUAGAUGCAUAAAAACAAUGCAUACCCUAAGAAUUCACUAAAUACCUGUAUUGGAGGAGAAGUUGGAAGUUGUCUAUAUUUUUCACUUAUAGAGCUUACCCUAGUUAAAAACCUUGCGCACGCCACUGCAAGAUAUGCCUUAUUUUAUGAAGGUAUUUAGUUUGCGUAUGAUCGUACUAUCUGGACCAUACAAGUCUAGACCUUUGAAACCUGCUUCUUUCUAUUGCUAUCUUUUAAAACCAACAUGGUCAAACACCAUAAUAGGGAUGACAGUUUUUUAAUUUUUUUGUAAAUUUGGGUAUUUCGAUCAUUCCUUUUGGAACUACAGGGAUUUAAAGUGUCAAUUUUGCGGCGCUGCCGCGGAUCUCUAAAAGCGCUCCAUACUAAAAUACAAGAAAGAAUGAGUUUUGAAGAGAUUUUUCAAACGAAAUUACAAAAAUCUUUGUUUUUCGUGCAUUUGAACUUCAUAUAAAAAAAAUGUCGCAUUGAAUGUAAGGAAGUUAAAAAUGUAUAAUUUUUCAUCUAAUUACGAUAAUAUACAGGGUGCUUGGGAGGAUUUCUCAUAACUCUGGAGUUAUUCUUUACCGAAAAUUAAUUAAAAAUGUUCUAAAAUUAAUAUAUUUGGGAGUGAAUAAUAUUUCUUUUGUAAAUAAAUCUUAAAAUGGGCCCCAAAUACGAAUCCUUAAAAUUAUGACAAAUUUUAAAAUGCAGUGAUAGAUAAAAGUUUGUGUUUCAUACUUUGUAUGAAAACCUAAAAAGUUUUUUUUUUUUUUUUAAUUAAAAAAAUAUAAGUUAUGCAGUUUUGCUCCUAUAAGUGGACUCGUCAACACCUUGAAGUUAUGGGAAAUAUGGGAGCACCCUGUAUAUCCCCAUUGGUGAUCAUACUUACCUAUGGUGGAAGCAUAUUUUAAUAAACUUUUAGCCUUCCUAAAAUAAGUAAUAGCAGUUCUCGAUCCAUAUAGUGUCUGAAUGAAGUUGCAGGUAAAAAUAAUUGACUUUAAAAGAAUGGAAUGGAGUUUACUCUUUUAGAUGGACUGUCUAAAUAGUGUAUGUUGUCCCGCAGCAUACACCAUGUACGUCUGAAUACCCACGCCUGAAUAGUGAAAGGUGCGCAACCGAGGUGCAGCACGGUGAAAGGUGCGCAGAAUAGGUUGAAAAAAAAAGUAACGCUGUUCGUUCAUCGAAUUUUACUGCCCAUAUAUGAAAAAUCGAUUUUUAAGGAGUAAACUCCAAAAAUUAUUGCCUUAAUAAUAUCCUACAUACCUGUUUUACGAUUUGAAUCUUGUAGUGUUUAUAUUUUAACAAUCCUAAGCCAAACUAUCACUAUUUUAUUGCAAACUAUGAAAUAGUUUAUAUUAUUUCCACAGAAUAAAGAAUGAUCCAGAAUAAGGCUGUACAAGCAGUGUUGUGAAGCCGGUGAAAUUUAAAUAUAAAAAAUAAAAAAAAACCAAUGUUGAACAAAUUCACAACAUGUGUGUCAUGACAAUUAAACUAACAAGUCAAAAUGUAACCAAAAUAAAGAGGGUAAGUGUACUCUGUUUAUUUUGUUUACAUUUUGUGGUAAAUUUAUCCUGAUUAACAAUUUAACGGUUUCACUUCCGAUAGAAAGAAAGAAAGAAAGAAAAGUUUAUUCAGAAUACACAUCAUACAAAGAAAAGAGAGAAAAAAACAAUAAAUUACAUACAUUAUAAAAUAGAUAAAUAUAUAGGUACCGAUAAAUGACACGUCAAAUUGUAAUCAGUAUUUUCAGUUCACAAUAUGACGGUAGAUUAUAAUAUCACGAGUGAGAUUAUAAUCUAACGUAUUUUACAAUCUAACGGUGACAGAUACAAUUUAAAAAACUGUCUUCAUCCCUAUUCACGGAAAUAACUAGCGCCAUCUAACGUCAACGCCUGACUGAAUCAUUCUGACAAUAGUUGAGUGACGUCAUCCUUCUCAGACUACUCCCAGGGUUCCCAACUUAGGCGUUUUCCCCCCAGAUUUAGGGGGCAAAUAAGUGAAAUGGGAUUUUUUUAGGGGUAUUUUCAGGGAUUUUUUGACUCUUUAAUAUUUUUAAAUUGAUGAUAAUUUUAAUAUUUCUUUCUUGACCUAGCGACUUAUAACGACAUAUAAUACGUUAUUCUACAACCACUCUGAGGCAACUAUAAAUAUAUCUUCUUCUAUAUAUAUAAAAUUAAAUUUCUAUAUAUAUAAAAUUGACCGAAUUGAGAACCUCCUCCUUUUUGAAGUCGGUUAAAAAUAAAUUGCUGUUCGUUAGUCUCGCUAAAACUCGAGAACGGCUUAACGGAUUUAUCUUAUCUUGGUCUUGAAAUGUUCGUGGAGGUAUAGGGAAGGUUUAAAAGGUGAGAAAAAAUCAAAUAAUUACCGGGAAAACCCUAAAAACUGCCCUUUUCUAUUUCCCAUACAAACGUUUAAGAGUCAAGCGGUAGGGGUAGGGUAGGGGUAGAGGUAUAGAAGGGUAGAGUAGGGAUAGAGAAUAAGUGCACUUAUGUCAAAACGAAGCUUGACCGGGUCCGCUAGUAUAAUAUAAAUGUUGACAAUGAAUAAAUUUAAUAUAAUAUAUUGUUAAAUUUGUCAACAUUAUUCAUUGUCAACAUGACAUGAUUUCAAACAAUCUGAAUAAUCAGAUAAAGACAACUCAAUAAUUAAGGCGAUUUUAGGGGUUUUUGACACAACCUUUAGGGAUAAAUAUUUUGAAGAGUUGGUAACACUGACUACUCCCUUCCAACAAUAUCUAUACUAAUACUAGCGGAAGUCCGCGACUUCGUCCGCGUGAAACUCGAUGUAAACUUUCAACUACCCCUACCCCUACCCUACCCCUAUAACAUUGGUUUGUAGUACAUGCUAUGUAUCAGAGAUGGCACUGUAUGUGAAAAAAGAUUUUCCCGCUUUUCUGUUGAUAUUUUUCCUGAAUUUUCUUUGCUAUUAACCUCACGGAGCCCGAGAACUUUCUAACGAAUGCAAAACCGUGGAAAUCGGUUCGUGCGUUCUGGAGUUAUAGCGUCAGGAAGGAAAACCCGACUUAUUUUUAUACAGUAGAUUAUUAAGCUGAAGAGUUUGUUUGUUUGAACGCGCUAAUCUCAGGAACUACUGGUCCGAUUUGAAAAAUUCUUUCAGUGUUAGAUAGCCCAUUUAUCGAGGAAGGCUAUAGGCUAUAUAUUAUCCCUGUAUUCCUACGGAGACGGGAAUUUAUUUAUAUUUAUCACUGAGUUAGCGAAAGUUAAAAUGGACAUAGGAAAUCAGUGAUGGUUUGGUGUUGUAGGUUUAUUUUUAAAUGUCAGAUUUUAAUCAUUUAUUUUUUAUUAGAGUGACUGUUUUGCUUGCGUCACACUUUUUGUUCCACACGUCAUUGUUUGUGACGUCAUAAAAUUAAUUCGAUUUUUACACUAAAUUAAAUUAUUCUUAAUUAUGAAUUUGUAUGGUCGUUAUUUUUUGUAAUAUUUUCAUGGAUCUUUUAAAUUAUUAUUUAUUAUCAACCCAUGUUCGGCUCACUGCUGAGCUCGAGUCGAGCUUUUUAGAAUUAUUGCUAACGAAGAUUAUACCUAAAGGCCUUUAAAUAUAAUCCAAUAUUCAAUAAAAUCCCAAAAUCAGAGCAAAUUCAACCUUAAGGAUUGAGUUUAAGGUUGAAUUUGCAAAUGCGUCUACUUGAAUUGAGUGCCAAGAAGUUGUGUUUGGCGCUCAUUGAGUGGGGACGGUUUUUGGUCGCCGAUUGUGCAUCCACUUUUUAAUAGGAGAUCGAUGCAAAAAUUACACUAUUUAUUGAAGUGACGUCAUAGUGUGACGCAAGCAAUGUACAAGUUGUUAUAUAAAUAUUUUAGUGUGAACCAUGCCUUAGUUUGUAGUAUACUAUAUUGUCACUGUUAUUUUGUAAAGUUAGUUAUCCCAAUACACUAAUAAUAAUGUACUUUUAAAGAUAUAUUAUAUAUAAAUAAUUAAAAGGAAGGAAUGAGUAAAUUGUAUAAAAACGUGGGUAGUUUAUAAUAAUUUGUAAGUAACAAGGAUAUCGGCUGGACUGACUAUGAUUUUAAUCAUGUGAAACGAUAGAUCGAUGUUCAGAAGGAAUUUGUUUGUUAUUUAAAUGCCCAUAAACUAUUACUAGUAAAUAAAAUGUUUAAAAAUAAA